CAAAGGGCUGGAACCUGAUUACACUGCACUCUGAGGCCUUUCUAGCCCAGGUGAGCCAGCUCCUACUCUGUCCCCCGCAGGCUUCAUGUGGAUACUGGCACUAGGUGGGGUUUUCCUGGCAGCUGCCCAGGCCUGUAUCUUUUGUCGCCUCCCAGCCCAUGACUUGCCAGGCCGUCUGGCUCAGCUCACCAGCCAGAUGGAGCCCCAUUGGAAGGAAUGGGCCUCCCCAGACUUUUCAGCCUUUGCCUUAGAUGAGGUGACAAUGAACAAAGUCACAGAGAAGACUCACAGAGUCCUGAGGGUCAUGGAGAUCAAAGGGUCCAUUUCUUCCCUCCCUUCAUACUGGCAGUGGCUGCAAAAGACCAAGAUCCCUCAGUACAUCAGGGAAGCUCUCUGUGCCCCAGCCUGCAGGGGCAGCACUACUCUGUACAACUGCUCCACCUGUGAGGGCACCAAGGCGUCCUGUUGGCCCCGAAAACGCUGCCUCCCAGAAACCAUCACCUCCAGGCAGAAGGUGACUUGUGAAGAUGCUGACAACUUCCCCUCCUCCAGUUCUAAGGAGUGUGUACCCACAAUUUCCACAUCCUUUGGGGGACUCAGCCAUUCCUUAAUCCCAUUUCCAAAGACCCAAUCUUCCAGACCCUACAACCUAGAUGUUCCAAGACCAAUUCCAGCAUCAGAUGGCCUCCAGAAAUCCAGGCACCCACAUCUGGAAAGUUUCUGCCCCACUGGCCCUCGACCAAUCUGACAGGGCAGUGGGCCAUGCCAGGAAAUUAUCUACAGAAGGAAAGAAUCCCCUGCACGCACCUCCCCCAUCCCACACCCCCUCUGCCCAUUCCCGGAAAGCAGGGCCUGUCUACCCCAGAACUGCCUCUGGGCCUUCCCAUGACUGAUUGGGAAUCCGGGAAUAAGAGUUCUGGAAAACUCCCUCCUUCUAGGGUGAGACCACAUCAGUCAGCCCACUGGCACGCUGUCUGUCCAUUGUAUUAACACUGUGCAGCCCUGGCCUCCUACAGAGGCCUCCCUCCUGCAGGGCCCGAGUAAAACUGCUGUUCAAUGC